CAUAACUGGGCAAUAACAAUUUAUUUAUUGCCCGUUGCCUUUUUGUUCAACCUUUUAGUUGUGUGUUUUGCUAUCGUUUUGUAGAGAUUAUCUUGACAAUCGGCGGUGUCCAAAUAAGGCAGAGCAACGCAUUCUAAGUGUUUUUCUGAACGCUUCGAUUUGUUCGUUCGAGCUAGCCUUUAAUUCACGACUCUAGUUUGACUUGUCCUCAAGAUGCUUCGCGAUUAACGUAAUUAUUGAAAAACAUUCAAUGAAACAUCCGACUCAGAUUUAAAGUGUGUUUUGAGUAACCGUGCCCUCUAAGAAGGCCUGGACCCGCCACUCUAUCCCGGCUACCUAGUGCUGAUUGUCAACCGAAUAUUUUCCCACCGCGUCGACCCGUAUAACCCGAGCAAGAGCCAUGGAGGAAUACAGCCGCGAGCCGUGCCCCUUUCGCAUCAUCGAGGAUUGCGGCGGGGCCUUCGCCAUGGGCGCCCUGGGCGGAGGAGUUUUCCAGGCGAUCAGGGGCUACCGCAACGCCCCCGCCGGCCUGAAGCACCGACUGAACGGCGGACUCGCGGCGGCGCGGGCCCGCUCCGGCCUGGUGGGCGGCAACUUCGCGGUGUGGGGCGCUACCUUCAGCGCAAUCGACUGCACCCUGGUCUACUACAGGGGGAAGGAGGACCCGUGGAACGCCAUAAUGAGCGGGGCGGCCACUGGAGGCAUUCUGGCCGCUCGCACUGGACUGACCUCCAUGCUCAGCAGUGCCGUGGUGGGCGGGGUUCUCCUGGCGCUGAUCUCGGCGGACUCCUACCGCCCGGUGUCACCCGUGGAGCGGCAGGGGAUAUACAGGCGGCAGCAGGGCUUCGCUCGCUUUGGGGCGGACUACGCAGAAGCCGAUCCGUCGUCUCUGUAGAACUCAUCGCUGCGUCAUCGCAUAGACGGGGCUAUCCAUCCGCGAUCCGUGGAUCGCCGACUGCAUACCAAUUUGAUACGAGCUUACUUGAUUGCUCCACCACAACGCCUCCCAAUCCGCGACUGGCGGCACUCCGAUUUCAAUUCAAAUUCAAUUGUCGUACUUCGCAAGUUUUAGAAUCAUAAAUAUAUUUUCCUUUUCGUUCCUUGUU